ACCGAACACACUAGUAGAAAACCCUUUCAUCUAACAGGGUGGAGAUCGAAAGGCGCGUAACUUACGCAACACCAAAAAAGGUGAUCAGUUUGUAUCAAAAGUAAGACGCAAUGUGACUAGUAAACUCGUAAAUAAUGGACAUCGAUAAGGAAAUGCGAAAACCCGUCCGGCUUAUCGCGGCUGCAUGCAGGAACAUGGGCAUAGGAAAGAACGGACGGCUUCCAUGGAGUCUCGCGAAUGAAUUGCAUUUUUUUCAGGAUACAAUUACCUCUGUGUCAACACCUGAGAAGAAGAAUCUGCUUGUUUUUGGACGAGGCUCCUGGUUGUCCUGUCCUGAGACGUUUUUUCCUUUUGCCAACUGCCUUAAUGUGGUAUUGAGCAAAACACUACUCACAGUGCCUAAACACGCCCACUAUCUGUGUAAAGAUUUUGAGUCAGCAAUUCGUCUGGCCAUUGAACCUCCUUUACGUCACAUUGUGGAGACCAUCUGGAUUUUGGGGGGUUCAGCAGUAUAUAAGGAAAGUCUUGAGCAUCCAUGGUGUGAUCUUAUUUAUCUGACCGACAUUAUGGCUGAAUUUGACUGUGAUGUCUUUUUCCCGGAAUUCGAUCACAAUGUUUUCAGAAAACAAAAGAGUUUCCUUGGAGUACCGGAUGAAAUUCAUGAAGAAAAUGGUAUAAAAUUUCAAUUUCAAGUCUUCAAGAAGGAGGCCUAAGAUUACAACAGAAAGAAGACGGUUCAAAACUCUGUCAAACAUGACAGACAAAGUAGAUGUUAACAUAACCUUAUAUGUCUUUGUAUCAGACAUCAACAUCCUGAAUUUAGCACUAUUGCACAAAAAAACCCACAAAGCCAAAAAACUCAUUGUUGCAGUAAUUCAUCGUCAUCCAAAUAACCGUUUCAAUUUUAUGCACCCUUUCAGUUGUUGGUGAAUCACCACCAUUGCUCAAAUAUUACAUAAGGAAUCACAGCAGAUGGACAGUUCUGAUGAUGAUGAAUGCCACUCCACUCAUAAUGAAAGAUGCAAUGGUUUCUGACCACUCACCAGAUUUACUGUUACUCAUAUCACCCUGUCACCAUGGUGACACACGUGUGAUGACUCAAACCAGAUCAGAGGGAUGAGACACACGGUUCAUGUAUAAACUGGUUAUAUAUAUAUAUAUAUAUAUAUAUAUAUAUAUAUAUAUAUAUAUAUAUAUAUAUAUAUAUAUAUAUAUAUAUAUAUAUAUAUAUAUAUAUAUAUAUAUAUAUAUAUACCAUCUGCUAUGUGAACUCCGUGACUUACUACAUUCAGUAUUAUCAUUUAAAACCCAAAAUUCUGGAAUGCAGCAAAACAUUGUAUAUAACUCUUGAGUCAUGUGUUCGUGUGUCAGGUGUCUUUUGUCAUUCUAAUAUUGUAUAAGCUAUACACUACUAAGUUUUUGUGUAAUUUGAUGCUAUAUUAAAGUUCUUUUCUAACUUGUU